AUGUUCUCGUCUUCCCUAUUACUAUUCUCUGCACUUCUUUCGAUUGCUGCAUGUGCCCGCACUCAUGCCUCUCCUUCAGUAACCAUAGGUCGAGCGACCAUCAUUGGUCGUGCUCUGCCAACCUUUCAGCAAGAAUUUUUCGCUGGAAUACCAUACGCCGAAACCCCUCUCGGUCCUCGUCGUCUUUCGCCUCCGGUGUUGAAAACACGGCUCGAUGUCGAUACUUUCAACGCUUCUGACUACGGGUUCUCAUGUCUUCAAGUGGACGCUCCUACUGAACAAGUGUCGGAAGAUUGUCUGACACUCAAUGUUUUGCGUCCAGCAGGACUGCCUGCCUCUGCCUAUCCACUCCCUGUAAUGUUUUGGACAUACGGAGGCGGAUACGUCAGCGGCAACUCCAGCUACUUCAAUGCGAGCUUCAUUGUCGCUCAAAGUGUUGCCCGAGGGACUCCGAUCCUCUAUGUUAGCUUCAAUUAUCGAUUGGGCCCACUUGGUUUCCCGGUCGGCACCGAAGCGGCGAAGCACGGUGCCUUGAAUCUCGGUCUAAAGGACCAACUUGCCGCUUUGCGGUGGGUACACGAGAAUAUCGGGUUCUUUGGCGGAGAUAACAGCAAAGUCACGCUCUUUGGUGAAAGUGCUGGUUCUAGUCUAACCAGUCUUCUCUUCUUGAACCCAGCCCUCCAGCCACUUGCCCGUGCAGCCAUAUUCGAGUCAGGCUCGUCUGCUACUCUCGGGAUUUAUCCUCCAACCCGCAACGAACUUGACUGGACCCAUUUCGCGUCUUUCAUUCCAAUCUGCUCUUCUCUUCCCCCGGCUCACAUUUUUGAUUGUGUCCGGAACAACGCCACGAGCAACGACAUAUUGGCUGCAACCGCUGCUGCUCAAGCGACCUCCGUUAAUUUGUUCCAGUGGACUCCUGUCCUCGAUGGGGAUCUCAUCAAGGACUUGCCAUCGAACUACUUCGCCCGUGGAGAGUUCGCCAAGAUUCCGUUCAUUGCGGGCACUAACCUCGACGAAGGUACACCGUUUGUGCCGCCGUCAGUCAAUUCCGCAGAGGCGCUACAAGGACUUCUACUUGGCUCCGUCCUGCGACAAGACGGCAACAUCUCCAAUGCAUCGUCUCCCGAGCUCCAAAAUGGAGUUGAAUCCCUGCUCCAGCUGUAUCCCGACGACCCCACUCUUGGAUCGCCUUACAACACCGGAAACGAUACCUUUGGUUUGAGCUCCACCUUUAAACGGACUGCGGCACUUGGCAGGUUAUUGUUUUCUCGCAAUAACUACGUCUCAACUUCAUACUUACAGUGGGCGAUCUUUGGUUCCUCUCCCUGCGUCGACAAUUCGCGGAAGCUGCGACUACUGCCGGUGUUCCUUCCUAUGGUUACCUUUUUGACCAGCCGCAACCCGAACUGCCUGGAUUUUAUGGUGGUAUGUCUACCGCAUUUCGUCGAAGUAAGCUACGUCUACGGCGCACCGCUGGACCCAUCUGGAGCCUCUGUAAACCUGAGUAGAACCAUCAUCGACUACUGGGUUUCUUUUGCGACAAGUUUGACGCCAAACGACGGCUUGGGGAGUUCUCGGCCUCAAUGGAUGCCAUAUUCUCCAACGAACAAGUCCAUCCUUCAGUUCAAUAAUGCAAAUCUGACGAUGAUACCGGACGACUUCCGCUCGGAGCAAACGGAAUUCAUCAACGCAAACACUGGCCUAUGGAGACACUAG